AUGAUCCGAGUGAUCCUUCAAGACUGUAACGCGAGGCUUCGCAAGAACCGUCAGAGGAUCGACGAAGAGAAGACAAAGUGCUUUGAGUGCAUGGGCGAGAAUGGUACGCAACAGCUCCAGCAGAGGGUGGCCGAACGAGCCCGCGAAUACAAAGUGAAGAGAGAAGCAGCACUUGCAAUUAAACUUCACAAGCUACCUCGUCCAACGUCAUCCAAAGAUGAUAAACUGGUGCACAACCUGUCAUCCAAAAAGCUGACGGAAGAACAAAUGCAGGUGUUGAAGCAUGAAGCCUCAUUCAACACAGCUGAUGCCAGACCUAUAUAG